GCACACGGCACGCUUUUAUGUGCACGCGCUCGGGAAGUAAUCUUGGUUUCAGUAAGAAAACCUGGCUCGACAUAGAUUGUUGGUAGUCAGCGUCGUGAUAGCGUUUAUUUAGGAUUACAUUUGUUUGGUUUUGUUAAAUCUUAAAUUAGGUUCCAACGCCGAAUUUGUUAAACCGGUUUCGUGAAAUGGGUCGCUUGUUGAGUAAGUAAUCCCGUUUUACUAUCUAUAAUCAGUGCUAUUUCCGUUUCAGAAACCGAGAUCAGAAUAAGCGUAGCUCAAUUACCGUGGCAACUAAUGCUCUGAACAAAACCUAUUCGAGAGCAGAGACAUGUAACACGGAACUCGUUUAACGAACUCAGGGUUUCAACUAAGUUUCAGUUUAACAAAUCCAAAUAAAUGUAAGUGGCGUGGGCAAGCAACACUGUUAUGACUCAGGCUUUGUUACUUCCUGAGCGUGCGAACUUAAAAACGUGGCGUGUGAGAGAAUCACACAAUCACGUAAGUAUGGACCGCAAUAGGGCUCCAUAUUUUUCGGUAGAGGAACAGCGCAUUAUAUUGGAAAAAUAUGAAGAAUUUAGAGGGACGUUUAAAGCCAAGAGCAACACCGUGGGUGCCGCCAAAGAAAGGAAGGCGUGCUGGCAGCGGAUUGCCGACAGCGUAAAUGCUUACAGUGCAAAUGGCGUGAAGAGAACUUGGACACAAGUUAAAACAAAAUAUAAAAAUAUAGUCCAGACUGCCAACAGAAAGCGGGGCUCUGUAAGGCAGAGAGGAGGGGGACUGCUGCAGAAUACUCUGGUGGAGGAGCUGACCCUCUCGAAUAAUGAGGGUAGCCCAUUGAUAACAGGGUUCCAAGGUAUGGAUGCGACUUACCUAGACCCACACUCCACCAUGGAGAUUCAGUCUGAGACAAAGGUUGAUGAAGAAAGCUUAUCCAUCUGCUCUGAGAUAAAAACAGAGGAAGUUAACCCAGUGUCAUUCCCACAUGCUGGGCCCUCUGUAUCAGCCCCAACAUCAAGAAUGAUGGAAUCAGAGAGUGUAAAGACCCUUUACAAGAGGACCUUGGAAUUGGAUAUCAUAUAUAAAGAACUUUUAAUAAAGAAAGUCAAGCUUGAAAUUGAGAGGCUUGAAGAUGAAAAACGGCUGGAAAACUACAUGAUGAUGGAAUCUGCCAGGUGGGUUCAUGGGGGCAACCUCAUUGCGGGGUACUUCUAACAGGACAGUGCCUCUCCUUCCUUACCGUGGCGCAUGACACAUGCUGCCAGAGUCUCUGAAGCCUGAUUCAGGGCCUCUCACAGCCCAUAGAGGCACUGAGUCCUUGACUUCAGUCGGCCAGAGGUCAUUUAAGUUCUGACCCUCACUUUCCUGUGGGCUGCGCUGAAGGGACCUUGACCUCGCGUCUCAGGCUCGGAAGGAGUUCAUCAAUAACCUAGACAGAAGUAAUGUGACAUCAAAAAUAGUAACCAUGCACAAAGGGUUACAGAACAUCUGAAAUGCCAGGAAGGUGUGUACUCAUAUAAAGGACAUAAGUAGAUGACAAGUAGUAGGAAUGACAAUAAGUCAAAAAUUGUAUCGUGUUGUAUGUUCAAUAAUUCAUUGGUCAAUUAUUUUGAAUACUAUAUUACACUAACUCCAGCAAAUUUGAUUUGCCUUAUUUAUAAAAAGAUGCCACAAUAUAUGCACACUAAGACAAUGAAAGGACUUGUGAUUAAUAAAAUCUGCCCCAUGCUGAUGUGUUUAGGUUGUGGAUACAAUCUAUUGGAGCAAUUACUUGUGGGAAACCUAAGAAUAAAUUGUAUGGAGAUCUUGACAUAUGUGUUGACUAGAUGCUGGAGACUGUAGUGAAAGGACAGGUUAAUUGCAUUGAGCGAUUUGCUCUGUAUAUGAACUGCAGACGGUCAAGGAGGGACUCUGUGAUGGACUUCAGAUGGACCAGCAUUAGGCAUUCACUGGUUUUCAUUGAAGUCAGAACAACUGGCCUGUAGUCAGUUAAGUGAUCUUGCAUUCUGUAGUCAGUUAAGUGAUCUGGGACAAUUGUAGAAACCUUAAAACAGUCUGGCACCUUGCAUGCAUGCAGAGAGUUAUUUAAGAUCUCAGUAAAAAUUGGAGUACUCAGAUCUGUGUGGUGUUUUAGAGUGCCAGGUGAGACACCAUGC